CAAAUAAUCUUACGCAAAAUUGUUUGUUAUUAGAAAUUUUUUUGAAAAUGGCUCCAAUGAAACGCAAUGACGAAAAACUCAAGAAACCUGACUUCCACGUGGCCUUAUUCAAUAGAGCAAAAUCGUUUAGCGGUGGUAAUCGAGCUUCCAUGACGAGGAGUCUACCGGAAAAGCAUCGUAAUUCACUUAGUAGAUCUUCUCGAGAAAAAUAUGAAGAUUUACUAAUUUUCCAAUUAGAUCAACUGAAAAAUGUAUGUUCUAAAACUUCUAGAAAGCAUCCUGAGCCUAACACACAAGCGAACUAUUACAUGCGAAGCCCUUAUAGAAACAAUUUUAUUGGAAAGGCCCAUGGAAAUAUAUGCUGCAGUUACCCACCUAAACCUAGACAUGACGAUGUUAUACAGUCCGUAUACAAUGUUGUUUCAGUAGCAUUAGAAUAUGGCUGCGCCAAUAAUGUUUUGGAAAAACGUGGAAAUUAUUAUUGUUUCAAAAGCAUGCGCGAUGAACCUGCCAUUCCAAGAAGAUACUGUCAGAAUUGCUGCAGCGUAAACCAGUUCGGACCUCCGACCAAUGGUCACCAACCAGGAAUCUUUUAUGACUGCAUCCAUAAUCUGUGUCAAGAAAAGUCUGAGUGCAAUUAUGGAGAUCGUGCAAUUAAUAAUUUGGGUUUUCAUAGAUAUGGGACUGAAUUUUCAAGAAAACCAAGCAAUGGAUCAAAUAUGUAAGUUUUCCAAUGUCCAGAACGCUCAUGUGAAUGAAAUUGUUUGUGUUUAUCCUUGCCAUUGUAAAUUGUGCAGUUAUAAAGUACCAUAUUAUAAUAA